AUGGAGAGCUUGCAAAAAGAGAAGCAAAUUGUGGCGGAUUCACUAUCAUCAUUACAAGUUUCAACGCCGAAAUUCACGAGUUUCAGUCUUCCGAAUUCCGCAAACUCAUCACCUUUGUUGACUUCAAAGAGAAAACCGAAAGGCGAGGCUAUAGAAUCUCGAAGUCAAGAUUACUUGACACUCAAGCAACAUCAUAUGUUACAAGAAUUCAUCUUAAGAAAAAGCAAGUCAUGCGGAGAAGGAAGAGCAAGUUUAUCACCCUUUGAUGAAUUCGAUCAUUGGUUAAUCAAACCAAACACGGCGGAACAUGACAACAAUAAUCACGAAAGCUUCUUCAUAAACGAAACCAUCAAAGAAAGUCAUGCGAGUGACAACGAGCUUGAAACAAUUGCGGAUGAAGGAUUCAAAUGUAGUGCUCUUUGCAUGUAUUUGCCGGGAUUCGGCAAAGCAAAGUCGGUUAAACCUAAAAAAGAAGGACUAGAAAUGGAAGGUACAAUAUCUAGGACAGUUUCAUUGGAAAAAUUUGAAUGUGGUUCUUGGUCUUCUUCCAAACUGUUCAAUGAUAUUGAAACAGAUCACACAAGUUCUUACUUUGACCUGCCAUUGGAAUUGAUCAUUGGAAAUAAUACUAAUGAUGUACAUUCACCUAUUACAUCAGCAUUUGUCUUUGAGAAGAAUCUUAAAGGGGUUCUUAAGAAUGGUUCUUCAAAACCAAAUGGUAGAAAAUCAGAUACUUCGCCUCAUCAAGUUAGGUUUUCUAUGUCUUCCUCUACGUCUCGUUAUCCUCCUUCUCCGAUAACAUGCAAUACUCCUAAUAUAAUAAAUGCGAAAGAUGAUUUUAAUGCAUUCUUAGAAGCAAAUAAUACUUAA